UCGAUAGCCAUGGCAACCAAACGUACUCGUGCCACGCUCGAGGCCGAACUUCAACAACAGCAAUCACCAUACGCCUUCUAUGGAACUCCACUACCACCACUCGAUGACAGCAUUCGCGAUGACGGCUCCUUCGUACCAAUAUGGAAACAGGAAGUGACUGAUGAAAGAGGGAGGAAGCGCCUACAUGGUGCAUUCACUGGUGGAUUCAGCGCGGGGUAUUUUAACUCCGUCGGAUCGAAAGAGGGAUGGACUCCCGCAACAUUCGUAUCGUCUCGACAGAAGCGCGCCGAGAAGGCGCAGGAGCAACGACCCGAGGAUUAUAUGGACGAGGAUGAUCUGCGGGAACAGGAAGACUCCAGAAAACUCCAGACCGCAGACGACUUUACCGGAUUCGGGUCGACCGAGAAUGACUCUACAAGGCGAGCAGGGCUCAUGGAUGUCUUGAAAACCGGGGGCGAGACCAAGGGAAUCCAGCUUCUGAAAAAGAUGGGAUGGCGCGAGGGACAAGGAAUAGGUCCUAAAGUCCGUCGCAAGGCCAAUUUGGAGGAGGGUGCUGCAUCCGGCGGUGAUGCUGAGCCGACAUAUCUCUUUGCGCCUGAAAACCCGGCGUUGGUUGCCUUUGUGCGCAAAACCGACCGCACAGGCCUUGGGUUUGAGGGAGAAGCGCGCCUAUCCGAUUCAAAUACGCGCAAGCAAACCAAUGAUAACGAGGAAUCUGAUUCUUUUUUCGGUGGGCGGCUAGCUAUCCAAGGGAAAUCCCAGCCCUCCAAACCGAAGAACUCACGGCGGGGUGGGCUUGGGGUUGGAGUACUCAAUGAUACUGGAUCAGACGACGAGGAUCCUUACUCUUUGGGCCCGCAGAUCUCAUAUAACAAAACUAUUGGAGGGGACAAGAAGAAAAAGAAGAAGGGCAAAUCGGAUGAUGGAAAACCAACAAUCGCAUCAUCCAACCCUCUCCUCAAUUCAAAGCCGGUGUUCAUUUCGAAGAAACUGGCAGCUUCACGAGGAACCGGAGGAUUUAGAAAAUGCCGCGAUGGGCGUCUACCACUGGAUGGGUUCGUUCUUGCUGAGGGCAUGGCAGGCUUGUCGAUUUCUAGCGACAAGCGCUACGAUCCACCAGUAAUACCAGAGGGCUGGAAAUCAGCAAAAGAAUUCUCGUCUACAAAACGGGACGGAUCAAAUUACACAUCAACAGCCGACGCCGCCAAAGCCUCAUCACUUGACCCGACAUCGAGAGCAGCUCUUCUAGGUGAGGCUCAAUUGCCAGGGAAAUCAAUCUUUGAUUGGAUGACGCCUGAGGCGCGAGAUCGGAUCGCCAAACUCACUGGCAACCAAAACUUACCCCCCGCCUUGGGAGAAAAGGCUCCCAAGGGAUAUGAGGUUCCCGAAUCACAGAGGCGCAAGGACCUCUGGGAUCUUGUCCCGAAACUUGACAAGCAGAUUGCGGUCCAGGCCUUAAAACGCACUGUAAGUGGAUGGAUGCCCUAUUCAGAGGAUGAGAAGAAGCGUGCCCGCUAUCGGGUCUUCCUUGAAGUCAGUGCAGGGCUUCGCGAAACUCUCCCAGAACGGGUCGAAGGUUCCAACACAGAUGAAUGGGUCACAGAGAUGCAAGAGUUCGGCCGAGCUGCAGAAGUUUUCAAACCCAUGUCUGGAGUCAUGGCAUCCCGAUUUACCUCGGCAUCCUCCGCACCACAGGCCGCCUCAGAUGCCCCCGAAUCUGCGGAUGCUCUCCUCAGUCGACCCGCCGAGAAGCCCGAUACCCCAGCAGUGGCAGCAGCCAAGAUUGGCAUGUUUGGCCAAAUGACCCGAAGCACGAUAUCAUUCUACCCAUCACGUCUACUAUGCAAACGUUUCAAUAUAAAACCUCCGGCACAUGUACAGCUUGAUCCUGGCGAACGACCUGGCGCAUCCGAGUCUCAAUCAGGCACACGGUUCCAGUCUGCCGGAUAUCAGGCUGACCCUGGAGCUAACACUGGACCCAAGGAGUUGAUUUCCCAAGACGUCAUGAACCAGCUUCUUAUGGAGUCGCUCGGUCAUAUUCCUGGUGCCACUGGUCAAUCUUCAGCUCCUGAGCCUCCUCGUCCGGCAGUUGAACCAGAGCGCAACGAUGCCCUGGAGGCAGAGCGACCUGGUGAUGCGGUAUUCAAAGCUAUCUUUGGUAGUGAUGAUGAAGAUGAAUAA